AUAUAAUCAAUUAUAUAUUAACUUUAUUCUAAACAACUAUAUAUAUAAUCAUUAAAAGAGCUCUCUUUCUUCCUUAGCCAUUCCUAUAAAUCCAGUUGACAAUAUAUUUCAAACAUUAUAGAUCAUGAUUACUAAUGGGACAAUAACCAUGGAUCCAAAUUGUUUCCUCAAGCUCAUAUUGGUACUAAUAAUACUCCUCCUAGGGUUUCUUGCUUGGUUUGAAAACAAAAGAACAAACUCAAAUAACAAAAGGGAAGAGAUAGUGCAAGUUAGUGAUGAAAUAAAUCUAUUGUUUGAACAAGAUCAUGAGGACAACAUAAUAUCCAUUGGCUUAAGUGAAUAUUGUGUUUGCUCCUUUUGUGGCAAAUUAAGCAACAUAAUCACAAGAUGCUCUCGAUGCAAAAAUUAUACAUAUUGCUCAAAAGAAUGCCAUGUGAUGCACUGGACAUGUUGGCAUAGAGACGAAUGUUUUGAGGUAAUGUCUACAGAAGAUCAUCAAGAAUCAUCUUUUCAUGGAUCCCAAUGCUUUCACUUGGAGCCUAGAAACGAAACCUCUAAUUACUCAUUCAAUGAUGAUGAUGAGCAAAAACCAUAUGAAGGAGAUGUUUAUUAUAUUGAAGGAGGAGAAGAUAGUGAUGAGUCAAAUAAAGAAAUAACAAGGGGGCUAAUUCAGCAUGAUGGCAUUUUCAGUAAUAACAGUGAUAGCUGUGCAGUUUGUGGUAAUCCAUGCUCCAAAAAAUGCUCAAGAUGCAAAGCUAUAAAAUACUGCUCACAAACAUGUCAACAUUUUGAUUGGAAAUCCGGGCAUAAAUUUCAAUGUUGUGUUAAGAUGAAAAGUUCAACUCAAGUAGCAACAAGCAAUCAAGAAUGGCCCGUUGGUGAAAAUGUUAUAAUGCCUCCAAAUCUUGAUGAGGUGGCAUAUACUGAUCAUUCAUAUGACACUCUUUGCUUGGAAUUUCAUUCAGAAGAAAACACCAAGGCUCUCAUUUUAAGUUCACAGGAAGCUAACAACAACGUAGAAGAGGUUGAAGAAAAAAUGAGAAACUUAAAAGAAGAAUUGGAAAUGAUCAGAAAUGAAAAUAUAACACUGCAAGCAAAGCUUGAGUAUUGGAAAAUUAGAGCAAAGUAUUCCGCUGAUAGACUUUACAAUUUCAAGAAAGAGAAUCAGCACCAGUUGUUAAUAUUGAAGCAUGAAAAUGAGUUGACAUCAAAUGCCGAGAAACAAGCACGUCAAAUGGUUACUAAUUUAUCUCAGAGAUUACACUGUUUGCAGAUUUCAAUUGAAACUGGAGUAGCAGAGAGGAAAAAACAGGAAGAAUUUAUAUAUGUGCUACAGAAUGAAUGUACAAAGGCUAAGAGAGAUUUUCAAGAACAAAACAAGUAUGUUGAAAGGCUUAGACAGAAGCUUGAUGAUGCAACUCAAUUUCCUAUGAGAAUAGCUGAAGAAACAAGACAAAAGUUAGCCAUUACUUCCAAUGCAAUUUUUGCUAAUGAAUUCAAGCCUGCCGUUGAGGUGUCCAAGACAAUCAGUUUAAGCAGAAAUCCAACCUUGACUAGUCAGUGUUGUACAAUUUGCUUAAGCAAUGAGAAGGACUUGGCCUUUGAUUGUGGGCACAUGACUUGCAAAGAGUGCGGAUAUAAAAUUCGCAAGUGUCAUAUAUGUCGAAAGAAGAUCGCUAAUCGUAUCAGGUUGUUCCCGGGGUGAUUGACAAUGGAGUUGAUAGCCAAUCUCAGAGAAUGGCAUUAUAUAUGCUUAUUAAUGUGAUCAGAACUUGCCAAUUACAUAAUACAAUCAAUGAGGAGGUCCUAAAUUUUGCUUAGAUGUCAGUUUACUAAAUUAGGUAAGAGUGCCACAUCGGUUGCGAGAUGUCCUGAAUGCUUGUUUAUAAGCAAGAGACAAUCCUCACUUUACAAGUCGGUUUUUAAGGAUGAGUUAAGCCUAAUACCCAAUCUAAGAGUCAGUUUUGUAAUUUACGGUGUAUGUUAUUUCCUUAGUUGAUAUAUAGUUGACUACUCUCUCCGUACUACAAUAUAAGUCACUUUGGCCAAAUUACACAAAUUAAGAAAUGUAAUUAAUGUUGUAUGGAAUAGAAAAAUUAUGAGUUAGUUUACAAAAUUGUCCUUCAUUAAUGAUAUAUGAAAGAUAAA